AUGCGAAACAAUUUCAUGUUUGUUUUUCUGCUUAUCAUACCCCAUCUAAUGAUCCUGAGAUGCAAAGGCUCCCUGCCACCCGGGGAUAUGGAAAUUUCCAGCGAUGAAUGCCUAAGCAAUUCCCUUGAAGUUUCGGUGUUGUGUCGCGGUUCCCGAGCCAUACGUAAUGCUUUGAAUAAUUUAAGCAAAACCAAUAAGCCUGUUGUUAUUGUACGUGGCCUGGAAUUGGUUCCAUCUAAAUCCCAGCAACAACAACAACAUCAUCAACAGCAGCUAAUAAAUGCGACGGCAGCCGAUUCGAAUGGAAAGGUGAAUAUGACAGCGGCAGAUAUGGCCUCGGGCGGUGACGUCGAUGACUCCUUCUUGGGACGUUUUUCCCGUUAUUUGCGAACGCAUGAAUUGAAUAUAAAAUUUUCGGAUUUAAUGGCGGAUGAGAGUGAACGAAACGAUUUGGCACGUGAUCUGGAGCAGAGUGGAAUGCAAAUGAAUCACUCGAAUGUGAACGAGGCCCGCAAAAAGGAUAAGGGUGGCAUUAUGAUGAUGGCAGCGCUUAUGAUGUCAAAAAUGAUGGCCGUUAUGGGACUCGGUGGCCUUGGUGCUUUAGCCAUGAAAGCUUUGGGUGUAUCCAUGAUGGCAUUAAUGAUGACCGCCAUGGUUGGCAUGAAGUCCUUUGCCAAUCAGGGUGGUGAAACCACCCAUAGUGUUCAAUAUGUUACAGCAGAUGGACAUCAUCACCACAAGAGAAGACGUCGUCGCAGCAGUGGCAACAAUAGGAACUCCUACAAUGCAGAGCACGCAACGGAAACUGUGAUGGAAAACUUGCAAGUGCCUUUGGCAUAUAAAGGAUGGAGAAAAAUGAAUGAACACUUGAACUUGUUGAGAACCCUUUAA